AUGAUCGCCGGGAUAGGGAUCGUCGCAAUGAUGGAAGGGACCAUCGCCGGCGUAGUAGAUCGCGCACCCCGAAAUCGCGACCGAGAUAGAGACCGUGAUCGUGCACGAGAUCGAGACAACUACCGCCGAAGAGACCGUUCGCCAGAUCGACGUGAUGACAACUAUUACCGAGGCGGACGAAGAGACAAUCGAGAAAGGGAUCGCCGAAGAUCGCGAGAGCGCUAUGAUGAUCGCAUUCGCUCACCUGACCGCCGGCGCAACCGCAGUCGAGAGAAUGAUCGGGAUGUGAGAAGGCGAGACGACUCCCGCAGCCGUGUCCCUGGACGCCGUGAGGGUACGACUGACUCUCCUGCUCGCAGCAACCGUGAGGAUGGCAGAAACCAGAAAACACCACUCGGCGACAGUGGCAGCGCCGGUGCCAGCCAGGUUCGAUCCCCGUUUCCUCGUUUCGAAAGCAUUGCUGAUGGAUUACAGGCGCAGACUCCCAAAGCCGAUGGCGCGCAAGCCGAUGUCGACAAGAAGGCUGAGAGAUUGGCUAAGCUUGAGGCAUGGAAAAAGAAGAAGGAGAGCGCAAGUCAGAAACAAAAAGAGGUAAACCCCAGUCAGACAAGGAAUCUCUUGGCUGAAAUGGACAAGAAGGCAAGCGGAGCGUCAUCUAAAACAGUUUCCCCAUCAGUUUCUGCCGCUGCUUCACCUGCCGCUACGCCUACUGUUGAAUCCCCCGCUGCCCCCUACUCUGGCAAGUUUGAUCCCAAGGCCAUUGCCAAGAAAUCGGCUGCCUCGCGGACGCACGACGCUUCGAAACCUGCACUUGGUUCAUUAGGCGGACAGCCUGAAAAGCUUUCGGUUCCUGUCAAGCAAACCACUACCGGUAUGUCUAGUUCUACUCCUCGCUUACAGGACUCAAUUGACCCUUCCUUUCUAGCAUCUGCUCUUCCUGCAAACAGAACAAAAGCAAGUGGCUUUGGUUUUAUAAAAUCCAAUGCAGAGACUGAGAAGCUUCCCGCCAAACGUAAGCUUGACUUGGACGAAGAGGAUACUACCAAGAGAAAGCUUACCAAACUGCCUGCCUUGCCUAUUGAGGCUGAUGAUACCCCAUACGCUGACCAGGAUGAUGAUGAAUCUGACGGUGAUAACUUUGCCGAGAACGAAGAGGAGGCCGCUGCUGCUGCCCGUGCAGCUCAUGAGCGACGAUUGCAGGCGGAGAACCAAAUGGAUACAGGCGAAGAAGAGACUAAACCUGCGGAUGUGCAGAUGAACGGAGAUACAACAACGAAUAGCGAGACUGCUCAGCCUGAAGCUCCCACGGAGAUGGAAGUUGACGAGGAAGAUGAUGUCGAUCCUUUAGAUGCUUUCAUGGCCGAUCUAAAGCAGACUGAAGUAAAGUCACCUGCAAAGGCAUCAAAGACGCAAAAGGUUCAGGAACCCGAGGCCUACUUCAGCGAUGACGAAUACGAUUUCAACAAGAAGGAAGAUGGCGAUGCGAAUGCACUAUUGGCCAUGACAGCAAAGCGAAAGAAGAAGGAUAUUCCAACAAUUGAUUACAGCAAGAUCGAGAUCGAACCUAUUCGCAAGAACUUUUGGGUUGAACCAGCUGAACUGAGUCAGCUUAGCGAGGCUGAAGUGGCCGACCUUCGCCUGGAGCUGGAUGGCAUCAAGGUCAAUGGAAAAGAUGUCCCUAAACCGGUUCAGAAGUGGGCACAAUGCGGCCUCACACGUCAGACAUUGGAUGUCAUUGACAACUUGGGCUACGAAAAGCCCACUCCCAUUCAGAUGCAGGCACUCCCGGCCCUGAUGUCUGGUCGUGAUGUUAUUGGCGUAGCCAAAACUGGUUCCGGAAAGACGGUCGCUUUCUUGCUUCCUAUGUUCCGACACAUCAAGGAUCAGCCCCCUCUCAAGGACACAGAUGGUCCCAUCGGGUUGAUCAUGACUCCUACUCGAGAGCUUGCCGUCCAGAUCCAUCGAGACUGUAAACCAUUCCUCAAGAUGAUGGGUCUCCGCUCUGUUUGUGCUUACGGUGGAGCACCUAUCCGAGAACAAAUUGCUGAGCUCAAGCGUGGUGCAGAGAUCAUCGUAUGCACACCCGGUAGGAUGAUUGAUCUUCUAGCGGCAAACCAAGGAAGAGUCACCAAUCUGAAAAGAGUCACGUAUGUUGUGCUUGAUGAAGCUGAUCGAAUGUUUGACAUGGGUUUCGAACCCCAGGUCAUGAAGAUCUUCGCAAACAUGCGACCUGAUAGGCAGACAAUUCUUUUCUCGGCUACUAUGCCUCGAAUCAUCGACUCGCUAACCAAGAAGGUGCUGAAAAAUCCCGUCGAGGUCACAGUCGGUGGACGCAGUGUUGUGGCGAAAGAAAUCGAGCAAAUUGUUGAAGUUCGAGAUGAACCAUCAAAGUUCCUCCGCGUUCUCGAACUUCUUGGAGAGCUCUAUGACCGCGAUGAAGACGCUCGUACCUUGAUCUUUGUUGAACGCCAAGAGAAGGCCGACGACCUACUCAAAGAGCUGAUGAUCAAGGGUUAUCCUUGCAUGUCAAUUCAUGGAGGCAAAGACCAGAUUGAUCGUGAUUCCACUAUUUCAGACUUCAAGAAGGGCGUUGUGCCUAUCUUGAUCGCCACAUCAGUCGCAGCUCGUGGUCUCGAUGUUAAGCAGCUCAAGCUUGUCGUCAACUACGAUGCUCCUAAUCAUUUGGAAGAUUACGUACACCGUGCAGGCCGAACUGGUCGUGCUGGUAACACUGGUGUUGCUGUCACUUUUGUUACACCCGAACAGGAGAACUGCGCCCCAGGAAUCGCCAAGGCACUCGAGCAGAGCGGACAGCCAGUGCCUGAGAGGCUCAACGAGAUGAGGAAAGCUCAUAGAGAAAAGGUCAAGUCUGGAAAGGCUAAAGACACGUCUGGUUUCGGUGGUAAGGGGCUUGACCGUCUCGACCAGGAGCGAGAGGCGGCUCGACUCCGUGAGCGCAAGAGCCACAAGGCCGAGGGUGAGGAAGAGGAGGUUAAUGAGGAUAAGAAGGAGGAUGAGGACGAAAAGGCCGAGAAGGCUCUCGACGCCAUCCGAGCAGCAGCAUCUGGCGUGCUGUCUCGGGAGACUGCAAAGGCUGAUGAUGCAGACGCGAAAUCCAUGCCUCCUGUCAAGACUAGUGGCGUAGUAAAGGACAAGGCCAAGGACCCAUUGGACAAGGUCAGUUCCGCUGUCAGCGCAAUCAACAGCCGACUUGGAAAAGCUGGUCAACUUCGUGCUGGUCAGCCCAUCGACAACAAGGGUCCCGAUGCCGGCGCCUUCCAUGCCACACUGGAGAUCAACGACUUCCCUCAAAAGGCACGAUGGGCUGUCACCAACAGAACCAAUGUGGCAAAGAUUCUGGAAGCUACCGGUACGUCGAUUACGACAAAGGGCAACUUCUACCCAGCAGGCAAGGAAGUUCCCGCUGGAGCAGAGCCCAAGCUGUAUAUUCUCAUUGAAGGUGACACCGAGGUUGUCGUUGGGUCUGCUCUUAGUGAGCUCACGCGCUUGUUGCGUGAGGGAACAAUUGCUGCUGUGGAUGCCGACAGCAGAGCACCGGCCAGUGGACGAUAUACCAUCACUUAA